CAGACAGAAGGAAACAGGGGACAGAGCCAUCUGGGAGGUGACGGAUACCAGGAGGCUCCUGCCCAAAGGACGCUGAAGAUCAAAGCUGACGUUUCCCUUUCCUUGGUAAAUUCUGCACGGUUUGGCGCCUAAUGCACAUCUGAGAACAGGUGGCGGAUAAGAUUUAACCCCCCAAAGGACCAGCAACAUGCACUGUGCCAUCCAAAAGGCAGAAGCCUUGGAUGGGGCUCAUCUGAUGAGAAUCCUCUGGCAGGAUGGUGCAGAGUCUCUCUACCCCGCAGUAUGGCUGAGGGACAACUGCCAGUGUCCUGAUUGCUACCUGGAUUCUGCAAAAGCACGGAAACUUCUUGUCGAAGCUCUCGAUGUGAACAUUGGUAUUAAAGACUUGACAUUUGACAGAAAAAAGGUUCACAUCACUUGGCCAAAUGACCAUUACAGUGAAUUCGAAGCUGAUUGGCUGAAGAAAAGAUGCUUUUCGAAGCAGGCCAGAGAAAGACUCCAAAGAAAAUUGUUUUUGCCAGAAUGUCAGUACUGGGGCUCAGAGCUCCAACUGCCUACUCUGGAUUUUGAAGAUGUUUUAAAAGAUGAUGAGCACGCAUACAUGUGGCUCUCCAACCUCAAGAAGGUCGGCAUUGUGCGGCUCACAGGAGCAUCUGACAAACGAGGAGAAAUUUUAAAACUUGGGAAAAGGAUUGGUUUCCUUUAUCUCACAUUUUAUGGACAUACUUGGCAAGUGCAAGAUAAACUUGAUGCAAACAACGUGGCUUACACAACUGGGAAGCUAAGCUUCCACACUGAUUAUCCAGCCCUCCAUCACCCACCUGGGGUUCAGCUUCUGCACUGCAUAAAGCAGACAGUCACUGGGGGUGAUUCCGAAAUUGUAGACGGAUUUAACGUAUGCCGAAAGCUCAAGGAAAAAAAUCCUCAGGCGUUCCAGAUUCUGUCCUCUACCUUCGUGGACUUUACAGACAUUGGAGUGGAUUACUGCGAUUUCUCUGUACAAUCCAAACACAAAAUUAUAGAAUUAGACGAUAAAGGCCAAGUGGUUCGCAUCAACUUCAACAAUGCAACCAGAGACACGAUAUUUGAUGUACCUAUUGAGAAAGUUCAGCCUUUUUACGCUGCCCUGAAGGAGUUUGUUGACCUCAUGAACUGUAAAGAAUUCAAGUUGACUUUCAAGAUGAAUCCAGGGGACGUGAUUACCUUUGAUAACUGGCGCUUACUUCACGGCCGUCGCAGCUACGAAGCAGGAACCGAGAUAUCCCGCCAUCUGGAAGGGGCUUAUGCAGACUGGGAUGUGGUCAUGUCGAGGCUCCGGAUCUUAAAAGAGCGUGUCCAGAAGAGAAAGUGAACCUCUCCCGUCUCUACUUUCAGUAAGAUUCCAAUGAGGGUAUUUUGUAAGACAUGCAAGGUUAUUGUGUCUUCAGAGGCCACGAGCCAUGUCAUUUAUGUGUUAAUUUCUUUAACAUUGAACACGUCCUCUUUCUCACAAGAGUUCUCUUUCCUUUGUAAUCGUGCACAGUGCCAGCUUGUUUGAUGUUGUAGCCGUGUUCUCUCUCUUCCAAAUAAAGCAGCUCUCCUCUUCCAUUGCAUGUAUGAUCUAAUUUUUCUUGCCCAUAUGUGAGAGUCUCCAGAAGGCCCACAAAUAGUUUUGUAUCAAGAAAAAUCUUUCUUCAAAUAAGCUCUCUUUUAAAUAAAGCUUUUGUUUCAAAUAAAGCUUGUGUUUCAAAUAAAACUUGUCUCAAAUAAAGCGUGUUUCUGCUCUGUU